UAUUCAAUUCAUUCCCUGCCGUUGGACAGAUAAGCUGUCCCUUUUGUCUGUUGUGAAAAAGAACCUUCCUCCCUCUCUUCCCCUCUCUUGCAUCUUCCUCUCUUCCUCCUUCAAAUUCCCUGUGUCCCUAGCCUAGAGGACACCAGAUCCAACAACCCCCUCUCUCAGCUUCUCAUUUGGUACCUUUUAUAGGUGCUAUCAUCUAUUUCUUCUGUACCAUCAUCAUUAAAACAAUCAAAAUCAUCCAUCUUCACCAUACACAUCUUCUGCUACAUCUUUCUCGUAACUCUGUUAGUAAUGACAAUGGGUCCGAGGGGUCGAAGGAGGUACCAAAGAUGGUGCGCACAACCCCUUACACCUUUACUUGAAGGCCCGGACCCCGACACGCAGGGUGAAGCAGGCAAGAAAGAGAGCUCUUGGGAUGUAAUUCGCACAUGGGUGCGGAUGCAAAUGGAGAAAGGUUCAUCAGGAGGUGGUAAUUUUUCUACAUCGAUGUAUGGAAAUUCGACUACCAAGUGGCCCGAUUUGAAACUUAUGCUUGGGGUGUUAGGUUGUCCACUCGCCCCGAUAUCUCUAGCUACUGAUGCAAUUCCGAAUCUUCAUGUCAAAGAUAUUCCUAUUGAGACUUCUUCUGCCCAUUAUAUCCUGCAACAGUACUUAGCAGCGACUGGGUGCUUGAAGCUUCAUAAGUGUAUGAAGAGUCUAUACGCUGCCGGCACUGUGAAAAUGGUUUGUUGCGAGACGGAGAUUGCAUCAGGAAAGAAUGUGAGGAAUGUGGGCACAAGAGGCGGCGAGAACGGGUGCUUUGUAGUAUGGCAGAUGUCGCCGGGCAUGUGGUCUGUGGAGCUGGUCGUCGCGGGGAGUAAGGUCGUUGCCGGCAGCAAUGGAAAGAUUGUGUGGCGACACAUACCUUGGCUCGGCACUCAUGCGGCCAAAGGUCCACAAAGGCCACUCCGGCGAAUCAUCCAGGGUUUAGAUCCUAAAAGCACUGCAAGCACCUUUGCAAAAGCACAAUGUCUUGGCGAGAAGCGGAUAGGCGACGAUGAUUGCUUUGUACUGAAAGUGGCCGCCGAUCGUGCCACCGUGGUUGAGAGAAGUGAUGGCUCAGCUGAGGUGAUCAGGCACGUCUUGUAUGGAUACUUCAACCAACGAACCGGCCUUCUCAUAUACAUGGAGGAUUCACAUCUCACUAGAGUGCAGGCCCCAGGAGCCGAUGCCGUCUACUGGGAGACGACCAUCGGCAGCAGCAUUGAGGACUACAGGGAAGUCGAUGGUGUGCUGAUUGCUCACUGUGGGCGCUCCAUUGCUACCAUAUUCCGCUUUGGAGAGGUGUCGAUGCAACACACAAGGACUAGAAUGGAGGAAGUGUGGCGAAUCGACGACGUCGUCUUCAAUGUCCCUGGGCUGUCCAUAGACUAUUUCAUACCUCCGGCGGAUAUCUUCGACACCACUACACAUAUGUCAUAGAUGAUUCAAACUCCGAAAUGGGUUAUCUUUUAUUUGUGAUAUAAUCACUUCUAGUAACUAAGAUUAGUGACCUCUUGAUCAUGGAUACAUGUGUAUCAUGCCAUUUCUUGUCAUGUAAUGUUAUACCUUAUUAAUACUCUAUUAAUGCUCUUAACUGUAUUAAUAUUUUUUCUUAAAUCAAGAAAAGAAGGAGAGUUUUAAAUUCUA